UCCACUCCCCUCCCCCUGAAACCCCAGCACCGUCCUAUCUAAUCCUUCUCCUUCGCUCCAACGCGGUCGCGUCAUCGGAUCAAAUGGUGGAGGCAGCCGCGCGCGGAGCAGGGAGCCUCUCCUCCUCGUGCUAGCGCGCCCCACCCAUGUCUGCCAGCGCGAUGGGGGCAUCUCCCCCUCUCGGUGCCACGCUUGCUCCCCGGUGCACCGCCGCCGCCGUGGACGCCUCUGAGCCGCCCCAUGGCUGCCGCCGUAGCGCCGCGGCCCUCGGCUCAGCGCUCUCCGGCCACCGGGGAAGGCAUACUUUAUGUUCAGUACAAUUGAUGGAUGCUCUUAGAGGCGGUAAUCUUCUAGUGGAACCAAACAUGGUUCAUUCCCCGAAGCCAUUGAUGUCCACUAGACACGAUGACUCAGCCAUAACCUGUAAAGGAUUCUGUACAAUAUCAUGGAACCUUAAAGCAGAUGUGCUGGAUGGUUACAUAAUCUUCGUCACAGGAGAUCCAGUUACAUUGGGCUGUUGGGAAUCAGAUAUGGCUGUUCAGUUGGCUCCUUCUGUUGAAAGUAGCAAUUUAUGGAUGGCUGAAAUAAAGGUACCAUAUGGGGUGCAUUUCAAGUAUAAUUAUUUUGUUCGAAAGGAGAAUGACUCCUCUUCUGAUAUCAUAUGGAGGCCAGGUCCUGCAUACUCCUUGUCAAUACCCUCCGUUGGCUGGAAAGAACAUGUUAUUGUUGUGAAAGAUCUGUGGAUGAAAACCAAUGUGGCAGGUAUUCCCUCUCCUUCCUGGGGAUCAUGGCUGAUGGAAGCUAGUUUUCUUGAAGAUCAAUUUGCUGAGAAUGGAGAGCAUCAAAGCAUUGCGGAAGCCCACUCUGUCAUUGAUACGGUGGAUCAAUUUUCAUCAGUAGGUGAGCAUAUUAUUCUGAGACUAGGGAAUGGCACACCUUUACAUGUCAAGAAUAUAUCGCAUAAUCCAUCUGCCAGUGUCCAUGAUGAUUUUACUGUAACUGAUAAAACAAAUUCAAAGUCAAGUAUUAAUCAACAUGAAAGGAAUCAGCCUGUUGAGGAACCAUGGAUCCUUGGGUCUGUUGUGUCAGCAAAGAAAUCUGUUGCAGCAGUGAAGCACGAGAAAAACAGAUGGAAGUUUGUGAAUAAGAAGCAGGACUUGAUUGAAGUAAGUGAAAACAUAUCUGAACAGGAUCAACCUGUAGAGGAGCCAUGGCUAUUUCAAUCCAAGGUGGUAGCAAAAAAUCCUGUAGUUCAAACUAAAGGCAAAAUAGAAGCAAAAGAUAUUAUCAGAAAGCUAAGGAAAAUGGAUAAACCUCCAUCACCUUUGGAGGAGAGUAAGACAACUAGUGGUGAGCCUUCAUCAAGAGUCAUACUAAUUAAUUCAUCAGUCUGUACCAUGCAGAGGAUUGCAGUAUUGGAAGAUGGAAAACUUGUUGAACUCUUGCUGGAGCCCAUCAAGAACAAUGUACAGUGUGAUAGUAUUUAUUUAGGCAUAGUAACAAAACUUGUUCCUCAUAUGGGAGGUGCAUUUGUGGAUAUUGGACUUUCGAGGCCUUCACUCAUGAGUAUAAAACAAAACCGUGAUCCAUUUGUAUAUCCUCAAAUUAUGAAGGAUGCUAAAAGAGAUUCGGCAAAUUUUUCUGAUUAUAAUGAUGACAGCCUUCCAACAUAUGAAGAAGAUGAUGAUAUGAGUGAUGGGGAGUUGGCUGAUGAAGAAAAUGAGGAUGAUUCAUCAGCAUUUCCAGUUGAGGUAGUUUCUGAAAAUGAAGAAAGCAUGGCCUUUUUGCCCAAUUCUAAGAUAAACAUGAUUCACAGUUCUGAAUUUGAAAGUCUGUCUAGUUACGAUGAAGAAAAGGAUGAUGAAAUUGAUGAUAACAUGGAAGAUGAAUAUAGUGAGGAUGUUCUGCCUGGAGAUCAGUCAGAAGUAUCAAAUGAUCUCAAGACAUUAUCUUCCAUUCAACAUGCUUUGAGAGAUUCCAGUGAUGACACAAACGGAAGUAGGUGGUCUCAAGUUCGGAAGGGUACAAAAAUUAUGGUUCAAGUUGUCAAGGAGGGAUUGGGUUCGAAAGGUCCAACACUAAGCCCCUUUCCAUGCUUAAGAAGCCGAUUUUGGAUACUGGUUUCCCGUGGUAACAAAGUUGGAGUAUCAAAAAAAAUUACUGGGAUAGAGCGCACCCGGUUAAAGGGCAUUACAAAAUUAUUACGACCUCCUGGAUUUACUCUGACAGCUCGUACAGUUGCUUCUGGCCAUUCGUGGGAAGAGUUACAGAAGGACCUUGAACGUUUGCUAUCUACCUGGAAAGGAAUAAUUGAGCAUGCUCAAUCUGCUGCUUUAGCUGCUGAGGAAGGUGUAGAAGGUGCUGUUCCUGUAAUAUUGCAUAGAUCCAAGGGUCAGGCUCUAUCAGUUGUUCAAGAUGAUUUCAAUGAGAAGGUCAAGAGGCUAGUUGUGGAUUCUCCUCGCACCUACCAUGAGGUCACAAGCUAUCUCCAAGAAGUUGCACCUGAACUCUGCAAUCGAGUUGAUCUUUACGAAAAGAGAACUCCCAUAUUUGAUGAAUAUAAAAUAGAAAAGGAAAUCGACAAUAUCCUUUGCAAAAGGGUUCCACUUCAUAAUGGCGGUUCUUUAGUUAUAGAACAGACUGAAGCUCUGGUUUCAAUUGAUGUAAAUGGUGGUCAUAGUAUGUUUGGUCAGGGGACAUCCCAGGAGAGGGCUAUUCUAGAAGUAAAUCUUGAAGCUGCAAAACAAAUUGCUCGUGAAUUGCGCUUGAGGGAUAUUGGCGGCAUUAUUGUUGUGGAUUUUAUUGAUAUGACUGAUGACACAAACAAAAGAUUAGUCUUUGAAGAAAUGAAGAAAGCAGUAGAAAAGGACCGAUCGACAGUUGGUGUUUCAGAACUGUCAAAGCUGGGUUUGAUGGAAAUAACCAGAAAAAGGGUUCGACCAAGUGUUACUUUCAUGAUAAGUGAGCCCUGUCCUUGUUGCCAUGGUAUUGGCCGUGUAGAAGCUCUUGAUACAUCUUUUUCGAAGAUAGAACGUGAAAUCUGUCGACGCCUUGCUGCCUCUGGGCAUAAAUCAGACCCUGAGAAACCAAAAUCAUGGCCCAGAUUUGUUCUUAGGGUGGACCAUGAGAUGUGCACAUACUUAACCUCAGGCAAGAAAACAAAACUAGGGCUCCUUAGUAGCUCUCUCAAAGUGUGGAUUUUGUUGAAGAUCGCUAGAGGUUUUGCUCGUGGGGCAUUUGAAUUGCUACCAUAUUCUGAUGAAAAGGAAUCUGAUGAGCAGAAGGAAGAGACACCUGAACCGCCUCCGAAGGAAGCAGGCAGUCCAAAACUGUCUGUAUUUCCUAUAAAGAAGUGGAUGAGCCGUGCAAAGAGAGCGAAGUGAAGAGAUUACAGAUGAUUUGUUGGUGGGGUGUGCUCAAUUGCUAUACCCCAGAUCGACAAGCACAGAAUUUGAGAUGGCUCUGCUCUCAUUUUGUUUUCAGUAGCGAGCGAUCCAACGUCAGAUGGACGCCUACGGCCUACCUGCCCAGCCCAAUGUUUCUUAUUUUCUUUUAAAAUUUUUAGAUGCAAACCAGUGUUGACUAUCACGAUGCAAAGAAGUACCACAGACAUUUUAGGUGGGAGGAAAUAGAUUUUCUGGGAGCCUAUAGUUAGAGUGUACACAGUAACAGUUUUAUUCUAGAACCUAGUAAAAUUUAUUCUGUUCUACUACUCAAUUGAUUUUUAUUAAUUGUCAAAAUGUUGAAAUGAAUAUUAUUUGGAGGCGAUUAGAAACCAAAGCUUCCUGUUAAAUUCGAUAUUCUCAAGCGUCUAGAAUCAGCCGGAAU